AUGGAAGAAUUAAUACAGCAGUUGUCCCAGGCCACCCUCGCCCAAUUCCAGGCAUUAAAAGGACAACGAGAAGCUAACGAAGCGCAAUUGGAGGCGAACCAAAUCCAAAAAGAAACCAACGAACGAAUUAUAGAGGAGCAAAAAUUAAUACGCGCAGAGUUGUGCAGGUUAAGGGAAGAAAUCCGGCAGGCCCCGGUAGCGGGGAGAGGCACCGCUCAGGAAGAACAAAUUACGCUAGAAAAGAUGACUGAGCUUGAUGAUGUGGAAGCGUAUUUAACCACCUUUGAAAGAACUGCAGCUCGAAAUGCAUGGCCCGAAGAGCAAUGGGCUGGGAGAGUAGCCCCUUAUUUAAUUGGAGAAGCCCAAAAGGCAUAUUAUGAUUUAAAAGAAGAAGAUGCAGAGAAUUAUGAGACUCUGAAAAACGAAAUAUUGGCAAGACUAGGGGUAACCAUGGCGAUACGAGCAGUCUGGUUCCACAAUUGGAGCUACCAGAUGAACAAGCCUACGAGGUCUCAGAUGUUUGACCUGGUACAUCUGGCAAAUAAAUGGCUCCAACCAGAAGAAUUAAACCCAGGACAGGUGGUAGAAAGGGUGGUGUUGGAUCAUUUUGUGAGGAGUCUGCCUGUGCACCUGAAAAGGAAAGAAGAAGGGCAUUUAGCCAGCUAUUGCCCCGGCCUGCCCGAACCCAUGCAGGUAGACCCCAGAGAUGAAGCCCUAUGCAACUACCUUACAGCAGGGGUCCCGACACGCGAGGAUCCCCAUCUUAUGAAAAUUGAGAUAGAGGGAGAACCCAUCGAGGCCUUAUUGGACUCUGGCAGUGCGAUUUGGAACACGAUUCAAUCAGCUAGGCCAAGACCAAUCCCCUGGCCGGAAGACAGUGGUGACGCCCCUACCGGCGACCCUGAUGAGACGGACCCACAAGAAAGCGGAACUGAACUUGUAGUUGAGUUUGGAAAUAUGGAACUACCGAACUGGGAACACCCAGAACGUUGGGGUAAGUUUGGGACGGCCCAACUAGAAGAUGGGAACUUGAGACAUGCGUGGGGACAUGUCAGGAAAACUGAUGGGGAGUGGUGUACUGAUCCUAACACAGUGAGUUACCCAUAUUUUAUGACAAAGAAUAAUCUCCUUUAUCAAGUGCAGCAGAAGGGACAGGAAGAAGUGGAACAACUCCUUAUUCCCCGGCCUUACCAGAUGAAGCUCCUCAACUUGGCCCAUAGCCACCUCAUGGGUGGGCACCUGGGGGUAAAGAAGACAUCCGAGAGACUCCUCUCUAGGUUCUUUUGGCCAGGGAUCUAUAAGGCCGUCGAGAAGUACUGUCGGGAAUGCCCCGAGUGUCAGAAAAGUGCGCCACAACCUUAUAGGAACCCUUUGAUUCCCCUCCCAAUUAUUGAAACCCCCUUCGAACGGAUUGGGAUGGAUUUAGUGGGGCCCCUGAUCAGAACCACCAAGGGUCACCAAUAUAUUCUAGUAAUAGUAGACUAUGCUACCAGGUACCCCGAAGCCAUUCCGUUGAGAGCUGCCACCGCCAAAAACAUAGCUAGGGAGCUAGUACAACUGUUCGCUCUAGUCGGAAUUCCUAAAGAGAUCUUAACUGAUCAAGGAACACCUUUUAUGUCGAAAGUCAUGCGAGACUUAUGUAAGCUGCUGGGUAUACAGCAGAUCCGAACCUCUGUUUAUCACCCUCAAACCGAUGGCCUAGUAGAACGUUUUAAUAAGACCCUGAAAAGCAUGCUUAGGAAGACGAUGCAAAAGGAUGGAAAAAAUUGGGAUCAGCUGCUCCCGUAUCUCAUGUUUGCGGUUCGAGAAGUACCGCAGGCUUCGACUGGAUUUUCCCCCUUUGAAUUAUUAUACUCUCGGAAACCACGGGGCCUAUUGGACGUGGUCAAAGAAUCGUGGGAACAUCAACCUUCCCCUUUACAAACUAUCAUUGAGCAUGUGGAACAGAUGAGAGAAAGAAUAAAUGUUAUUGUUCCCUUAGUGAAAGAAAACCUGGAAAAAGCCCAGGCUCAACAACAACAAAUUUAUAAUAGGGGAGCAGUUGCGAGGGAAUUUCAGAUUGGGGACAGAGUACUGGUGCCAACCCCAGAGUGUAAAUUCUUGGCAUCCUGGCAGGGACCUUAUGAAGUGGUGGAAAAGGUGGGGCCAGUCAACUAUAAGGUCAAGCAACAUGACAGAAGACGGCAGCAUCAAAUCUACCACGUCAAUUUGCUGAAAAAAUGGCAUGGCUCCGAAGUUCUGCUCACCCACUUUUCCCCAGACCCUCUGGAAGAAGAAACGGGUGUGGUAGCCGUGGGAGACCUGGCUCCGGCACAAAAACAGAAACUACAAGAAUUCCUGUCCCAAAACAAAGAUGUUUUUUCCCGGACACCUGGUCGAACCCACCUUGUACAACAUAAGAUCGUCACGGAACCGGGGGAAAAGGUAAGGCUACCCCCGUAUCGAGUACCAGAAGCCAAACGGAAACUGAUUAAAGAAGAGGUGGGUAAAAUGCUGGAGAUGGGAAUAAUCGAGGAAUCCCAUAGUGAGUGGGCUAGCCCGAUAGUUCUGAUCCCCAGGCCGGAUGGAACUAUCAGAUUUUGCAACAAUUUCAAAAGGUUAAAUGAGAUCUCGCGGUUUGAUGCAUACCCCAUGCCCUGUAUAGAUGAACUAAUCGAGCGAUUAGGUAAUGCUCGAUACAUCAGCACCCUUGAUCUUACGAAGGGAUAUUGGCAAGUGCCGCUGGCCAAAGAAGAUAAAGCCAAAACCGCUUUUGCCAAACCUGAAGGACUAUAUAUGUAUAGAUUCGUACCCUUCGGUUUGCAUGGCGCUCCCACAACAUUCCAAAGAUUGAUGGACCGAAUUCUGAGACCGUAUCGGGAUUUUGCAGCCGCCUACUUGGAUGACGUUGUAAUCCACAGCAUGACCUGGGAACAACAUCUACAACACCUGGAAGCAGUAACUGGAGCGUUGCGAGCAGCAGGAUUAACGGCCAACCCAAAUUAA